AUCUUUUUAUAUAGAUCCAUUUUUUCUCUUUCUAAUAUAAUACGCUAUCACAAUCUGAAAAACUGAAUAUGACAAGAAAUGGUAUUUGUUUGUAUUAGUUGCAGCUUAAUUCAUACGCGGUGACAUCUCUAUAUAAUCAGUUAAAACAGGGUCUCAAAUGUGCAAAUCCUUAAAUUCAUUUCCUUCAGUCAAUCGGAUUUUCCACCUUCCGAGCAGCUGUAAGGAUCGCAGCUUACUGAAUCUAUCUGAUAGUAGCUUACAAAGAAACUGAUUGUAGCUAUGAGGGUAAAUUAACUUUCUACACAAACCAUACUUACUCAAAUUUCCUCAAAAAGAAACAAGCUUAUUUGAUAGCUUUCAACCAUGUCAAAAGGUAAUCAGAUAAAUGCCAUAUGGAGUAGACUGUCCCACGCCCUAGAAAACCACAAAAACACCUGCAAAGAGUUGGCCAUCAUCAAUCAUAGGCUAGUGAAGCAAAUCCAGUACUAUGAUACAAAAGCAACUCACAUGGCCAUGUUUUAUGUUAUUUACCUGCUUAUCAUUUUCCUGUCAAACUCGAAACCCUCGCCAGUCCAAUGUAAAAACUGGUGGAAACCUUUCUCCCUUUCCAUUUUGGUCGCAGUUGCAUUUGGUGCCAACUUCAUAUCCACCACAAUUAAAUGCAUCCACAUAAAGAAUGCUCUAGACACGAACUGGAUUGACCAGGGGCUGAGCAUUCAACAAAUGGCUCACCUUGAGCUAACAGCACAAAAAGAAGCAGAAUUCAUGGACCAUCAAAGGAGCUGCAACCAAGUUGUCAAUGUUGAACCAUACUCCACGAGUUCAGACGCAGACUCCCUAGACCAGAAGGAGAGCUAUGUGCAUUUGCCCCAUGUUAAAAGUCAUGUUGCUUACCCAUAUACUGAUACAGAUGCGGAAAGUUCAUCCAGUACGGUUGUGGAUUUGCCUAGAACAUACUCAACCCAGCAGCAGCAAAAUGUGGAUAGCAUUACUGUCUUUCAACGGUAUGCCAACGCUGGAAUAACUGUUUCCUUCUUGCUAGCCUACACAGUUCUGGUAUUGUACGAAUGUCGCUCUUCUGUUUGUGAUCGCAGUGCAUAGUUGGACAUACAAGUGAACCGAUUUACAGAAAGGCAGGAUCACCAUAUCAAAGUGUUUUACCGUGCCUAUCAUCUGAAGAGUUGUCAGGUGGAUACACUAUGGGCUAUGGCUCAACACAAACAAAUGCUUGCGUAGUUUCAAAUUCCAAGUUUUGAUAUUUUAUGUAAACUGGAUCUAAAAGCUUGUACUUUAAAGUUUGGGAUGCAUUUCUUGAACAGUGAACAUAGAUUUGAAGAAUGUGAAUUAUUUUUGGCUCC